ACCUCACAGGUCUCACAACACACACAACCCGCGCACAAGCUCUGCACUAUUCCACGCACUUCGACCUCUCGGAGCGUCUACCAAAUUCCGCCGCGGCACCCUCGUCUUGCGCAAACAACACACAUACUGCUAUCGCGUCCAAGUCUUCUCGAUCACGAACAACGACCUCACCCCGCCCGCACAGCUCCUCGACUGAGACAGUGAACAACAAACGAAAUCCCGACUACCAUAGCUGCCGCAAGUGACUAGGCACUCAUACUACUACCUGUUAAGCCCCGCCUCUCUCGACCAUCCACCCCACAAGCCCUUGGGGACGACCACCACUAUCGCUAUCGAACACUGUCGCUUGUCGCGCCUUAUCGAUCGCGCCUCUCACCAUCCAUCUUACCCAUCAUUUGACCGACUCCACCACUCCAGGUGGUUUACUACACAAUGACCGCACAAAUCACCAAUCAGCUAGCAGCAACCAAGCUGAAUGACGUAUCAUCAGAGGGCAAUUGGAAGGAAGGGUUGACAGCCCCUGCGAAAGAUUCGCGACCACAAACCGAGGAUGUUACCGCGACAAAGGGUCUUGAGUUUGAAGAUUUCUUCAUCAAGCGCGAGCUUAUGAUGGGCAUCUUCGAGGCAGGCUUUGAGAAGCCAUCCCCAAUUCAAGAAGAGACGAUCCCAGUUGCUCUGACUGGACGAGACAUACUUGCACGAGCGAAGAACGGUACCGGAAAGACUGCGGCUUUCGUUAUCCCCACUCUCGAGCGCAUCAACCCGAAAAACCCAAAGACACAGGCCCUUAUUCUUGUGCCUACCCGAGAGUUGGCUCUUCAGACUUCGCAGGUCUGCAAGACCCUGGGAAAGCACUUGGGCGUCAAUGUCAUGGUUUCAACGGGUGGAACAGGGCUCAAGGAUGAUAUCAUUCGACUGAGCGAACCCGUCCACAUCAUCGUUGGAACACCGGGCAGAAUCUUGGACCUCGCGGGAAAAGGCGUCGCUGAUCUCACUACUUGCCAGACAUUUGUCAUGGACGAAGCCGACAAACUCCUGUCGCCCGAGUUCACACCCGUCAUUGAGCAGCUACUGGGAUUCCACCCCAAGGAUAGGCAAGUGAUGCUCUUUAGUGCUACGUUUCCCAUUGUCGUCAAGGACUUCAAGGACAAGCACAUGAACUCACCCUAUGAGAUCAACUUGAUGGAUGAGUUGACUCUGCGUGGUAUCACGCAGUACUACGCGUUUGUCGAGGAGAAGCAGAAGGUGCAUUGUUUGAACACCCUCUUCAACAAACUACAAAUUAACCAAUCGAUCAUCUUCUGCAACUCCACGAACCGUGUCGAGCUACUCGCGAAGAAGAUCACCGAGCUUGGAUACUCUUGUUUCUACUCGCAUGCGCGAAUGCUCCAGCACAACCGUAACCGCGUGUUCCACGACUUCAGGAACGGCGUGUGCCGAAACCUCGUCUGCUCUGAUCUCUUGACCCGCGGUAUCGAUAUCCAGGCUGUCAACGUCGUCAUCAACUUCGAUUUCCCAAAGAAUGCUGAGACGUAUCUGCACCGCAUCGGUCGCUCUGGUCGAUUUGGACAUCUCGGUUUGGCCAUCAACCUCAUCAAUUGGGAAGACCGGUUCAACCUGUACAGGAUCGAACAGGAGCUCGGCACCGAGAUUCAGCCCAUCCCGCAGGUCAUCGAGAAGAACCUAUACGUUUACGAGUCGCCAGACACGAUUCCGCGUCCCAUUUCUAACUCUCAACCGCGUCCUCAACACCAGGGUCCGCCUCAGGAAGGUGAUGGCAUCAUGGCGCGUGCUCAAGGCAGGCAAGGUUACCGCGGUGGUCGUGGUGGAGGACAAUUCCAAGGACAGCGCCGCGGCCCCUCGCAAGGACAGAAUCUACCACCUCAGCAACUUCAAAAUGGUCAAAAUCCGCAACGCAAUCCCAGACAACCUCCUGGUGGGCCAGCCUAGGGAACUGAAAGACGUAGUGGACCACGAUUUGCCUUUGCGCAUGACCAUGAGAGUACAUCUAACCUCCUGAUGAUAGGCUUUUAAACCCACAAUCUUUGCCGGUUGAUUGUCUGGUGGGAAACCAGAGAACUGUACAUCAUAAUGAGGCGAAGUUGGCGUCCAUCAAGUAGUAAAGAACGAAAGCAAGACUGU